UUCUAUUUUAUUUUAUUUUAUUUUAAAUUUUUUAAGAUCUACGAAAUUUAACAAAAUAAUCCAAAAUUUUUUUUAUUAAAUAAUUGCAUAAUAAUUAUUCUUAUUAAAGUGAAAAAAUAAAUAUAAAAUAUUUGUUAAAUUUAUUAUAUAUUUUUUUAAAAACCUGCGUUAUGCGAGCAUGUAAUUGUUACAAACUAAUCAUAAUAUCGUAAUUUUUCAAAUAUAAAUUUUUACAAUUGUCGAUUACAAAUUAUAAAAGUACGAAAAAUCAUUAUGAAAAAUUCAUAAUAAAUUCAUAAUAAAAAUUAAAGAUAAUAAUAUUAAAUGAAACGUUAUAAUUGUUUUAAAUCAAAAUUAAAUUUGACGAUCACGGCGCAUAUAUUUCACGGUUCAUUAUUCGAGAAUCAAAUUAUAAAUAUCAUAUGUUAAUUUGUGAUAAAUAUUUUCUCAACAACUCUUUGCCUUGAUGUAUAAAAAAUUGUGGAUUUUCUUUUUUAUGUCUUUUUAAAGUUAUAUAAUAAAUUCGAAGAGUAGAUUUCAAAAAUAAAAUUUUUAGAAAUUCACUAGUUUAAAAGUUAUACGUCUUUAAAAUUUAGUGUUUACUAAUGAGACGAGUUGCUCAAACAAGAUUCUAUAAUAAUGACAAAUUUAUAAUAAUAUUAUAAUUUAUUAUAAUAAUGAUAAAAUAUACCUAGAAAAUUUCCUAACUGAAAAUGUAUGUAUUCCAAGCAAAAUAUUGAUUAAAUUUUAAUUUGUUGGAAUCAAAUUUGAUUUAUAUUGAAUUUACAUAAGGAUUAUUUCUAAAAAAAACUUUUAGUACACAUGUGAGCAGUGAUCGGUUCUUUGAAACAAAAGAAUCAGUGAUGACAUCACUAGGGGCAGGGACUCAACUCUUUUCAGACCUCCGCCAGGUCAUAAUCUCAAGCGUCACACAUAUAGAGUGUUCCAAAUUUAAAGUACCAAAUUUUGUCAAUAUAUAUCUAUGAAUUUAAAUAAGCAAGAAAUAUUACAUAAACAUCUGCAAACACUUUCUAAAAAAAACUAGCAAAAAUAUGGAAUUCAAAAGAAACGGCAACAAUAAUAUGAUUUUUUUCUGUCAAAGAUGAAUAGCUCGAAGUCGAUACUAUGACCUCUAUGAUCAUCUGAUCUUAUUUGAUUUUUAUUUGAAAAAAUUUAAACAAGAAUAAAUACAUGUGAUGAAUUGAACGCAAAAAGUUAGUGUGAUAAAAUAAAAUACAAAUGAACAGUAAUAAAUUCUAUUCUAUCUGCUUUCGUUGUUAUCAAUGUUAUAUAUAUAUAUAUAAGAAUGAAAUUAAAUUUUAUUGCAGUUUUAUUUACGUAUUUAAUAUUAAAAUUAAUAUCAAACAAAAAUUAGUUUUAAUUUAAUGGCUACAAAUAAUAAAUAUGUAUAAAAUAUAAUAUGUAUAAAUAUCGCUUAACUGUUCUCUUCGAAUUUCGUAUUUUUUGUUUAUAAUUUUUUAAUAAAUGGACUUAUGUUCAUAUAAUAUUUUUUUUGUUUAUGUAUAGAUCCAUAAAAUAUAUUGAUAAAAUUUAGCACUUUGAAUCUGGAAUACCCUAUAAUACAACACUUAUAUAAUCCAGUAUGAACUACAUUUUAUAAUUAUCCUUUCUUAAUUUAGUUUAGUUACGAUUUUAGUUCUUAUUUUUAUUAUCAUGCUCUAGUUUUAUUAAUCCAAAUUCCUUUGAUUAAUAAUAUUUGAAUAAUAAAUUUUUUUAUUCCUAAUUCCAGAAUCUUUUUAAAUCAUUAUUGAUGGAUAUUAAAAAAUCCAAAGUCUUAAAUACUUCGAUAAAAUAAUUUCUUUAACAUUCCAAAAUUUAUAUUUUUAAAAUCUACUCGUCGAAUGUUGAAUCAUAAAAAAAAAAAGACCAACAAUUUUUGACCGCUUAAAAACAAAAUUUUUUUUCCUUUCUCUCUUUUCUCAUACAUAACUCAAACUUGUAUAAAAAUCCAAACUUUCAAUACAGCCUGUAUAAUGUACAUCCCAACUGAUGAUAUACGCCAAAUCACGGUCAUAAAUCUAGAAAUGAGAUCAGUACAAUUACGUCUAUUAUUAAAUACCGUGCGUUCAGGCCGGUUUAUUCCUGGUUGCCGUCGUCGAAGCGGAUCUCCGCGGAGGGUAUUCAUUAAUUGCCUUUCGCGGCGCGUAAUAUCAAGCUAUACGUUAUACAGCUGUACGCAGGACGCGUAACUAUCGUCGAUACAAGGUGACACACCGCAAUCGUCACCCAGGUUUCACCGGUAUUCACCGAUUGUGGGAUACUGCCAACUGGUGUGGAGUUCGCCGCUGCUCUGACCGCUGUUGCUCAUCGGCCAGGCCACCACCACACACAGCGGGAUAUUUCUAGUCGGUUGCCAUGUACGAGUUAGUGCUCGACCGUGUGAGCACCUGUACGUGUCGGUCCAUCGCUGCCAUCGUUUCCUCGGUCGAUCCAGUGGAUACGCGAUUUUUCCUUUUUAGUCCGAUAGUGGAAUAGCGCGAAGCUUAAGUGUGUCGAAUGUGAGACAACCGACAGGAUGAGCGAAACAAGGAAGACAACGAGCAUCCGGAAACGGGAGGAGCAGCAAUCACCCAGGCCUAAACAACAACCGAUCAGGCCACCGAGGACGAAGACGCAACAGGCUCGUGACAAUAAGGCUAUCGAUCGGCACGAGAAUCGUGUCAAGAAAGCACCGAUGACGGCCCUCGAUGAGAACGUAAACCGUGUUCCACGGGUGUACACAAACGAAAGAGAAACAGAAAAUCAAUCGGGUUGGCAAGAAAGAAUAGAACGUCUCUCGAUGAAUAGUCAGGAUAAUAAUACCUCGGACUUAGGACACCCUGUACAAAUUGUGCUUGCUCAUCCAGAUCACAGUUUUGAAUUAAACGAAGAAGCUUUAUCAAAAAUUCUCCUUGAAGAUGAUAUUAAAGAUAGGAGUGUAGUUGUUGUGUCGGUAGCGGGUGCUUUCAGAAAAGGCAAAAGCUUCCUGCUUGACUUUUUCUUGCGAUAUAUGAACAGUAAGUAUAAUAACAACAAUCAAACGGAUUCUUGGUUGGGUAAAGAAGAUGAACCAUUACGUGGAUUUUCGUGGAAAGGAGGAUCUGAAAGAGACACGACAGGCAUAUUAAUGUGGUCAAAAGUUUUCCGUGGUACUUUACCAGAUGGUGAAAAUGUUGCUGUGAUUUUAAUGGAUACACAAGGUGCUUUCGAUAGUCAAUCCACUGUGAAGGAUUGUGCGACUGUGUUUGCUCUAAGUACAAUGUUGUCAUCUUUACAAAUUUAUAAUCUAUCACAAAAUAUCCAAGAGGAUGAUCUUCAGCACUUGCAACUUUUUACGGAAUAUGGUAGACUGGCGUUACAAAACUCUGGACGCAAACCAUUCCAAAAGUUACAGUUUUUAGUAAGAGAUUGGAGUUAUCCUUACGAAGCGAAAUAUGGUGCAGAAGGUGGAAAAGAGAUAUUGAACAGAAGAUUAGAAAUUUCUGAUAAACAACAUCCAGAAUUGCAAAGUUUAAGAAAGCAUAUUAAAUCAUGUUUCUCGGAUAUAUCUUGUUUUCUCAUGCCACAUCCAGGUUUAAAUAUUGCCACUAAUCCUCAUUUCGAUGGUAGAUUAGCAGAAAUUCAACCAGAAUUUAAGGAACAACUCAAGAUAUUAAUACCGAUGUUGUUAGCUCCAGAAAAUUUAGUUACAAAGAAAAUUGAUGGACAAAUUGUAAAAGCGAGAGAUUUGUUGGAAUAUUUCAAAAGCUAUAUGAAAAUUUACAAAGGAAACGAGCUUCCUGAACCAAAAAGUAUGUUAGUGGCAACAGCAGAAGCAAAUAAUUUAGCUGCAGUUACAGAAGCUAGAGAAUUUUAUAUGCGAUUAAUGGAAGAUAUUUGUGGAACAAAAAAACCAUAUUUAACAACACAACGUUUAGAGGAUGAACAUGCACGCUGUAGGGAUAAAGCUAUAUACAAAUUUCAGAAUAAAAGAAAAAUGGGAGGAGAAUCAUUUAGUCAAACUUAUACAAAAAAAUUAUGCCAGGAUAUGGAUAAAGCUUUUGUUCACUUUAAAGCACAAAAUGAAAGUAAAAAUGUUUUUAAAUCGACGCGAACUGCAGGAGUAUAUUGCGCAAUUGUUGCCAUUAUGUACUUCUUAUCCUCUAUAUUUGGUUUUACUGGAUUAUACCUAUUAGCAAAUAUUUGUAACUUCAUCAUGUGCAUCUGUAUAUUAACCUUAAUGUUAUUGGCAUAUAUUAGAUACAGCGGUAAUUAUGACACAAUUGGAAUAGCAAUAGAUGAAGUGGCUAAUGUUUUAUGGAAUAAUGUUCGAGAUAUGGGGGUACUAUUCACUGUACUUACACUUGCUGUGGCUGCUGCUUCAUCAUGGUUUAUAAUUUUAUAUGAUUUUAUUUUUCCAGCACCUCCUUUAUUUUUUUUUCCUUCUAUUCGUUUUAAUUUUGAAGAUAUACCUAAUUUUUGGGAAUAUUUAUAUUUUAUCACAAAUAUCAUUUUUUGUGCUAUUUCUAAAUCUUUUCACAGUUGCUUUUACUUUUUACAUCAUUACUUUAACAUUUUUUUAAAAUAUUUUGAUUACCUAACAAAUAUCACUUUUGAUAACAUUUCUAACUUAUAUGAUUCUUUUUUAAACUAUUAUUCUCCUUUUUUUAUAGGAUAUUUACAUUCUUUAAUAAAAAUUACUUUAAAUAAUAUUUUCAAAUUAUAUAAUUCUUAUUUAAACUAUUAUGCUAUUUUUUCAGAAUAUUUACAAUAUAUCACAAAUAUUAUUUUUAACAAUAUUUUUAAAUUAUAUAGUUUUUGUUUAGAUUACUACUUUACCAUUUUUUUAGAAUAUUUUCAUUAUCUAACAAAUAUUGUCUUUGAUACUUAUAAAUUAGAUAAAUAUUGUUUAACUAAUUAUUUUUCUAUUUUUUUUGAAUAUUUUCAAUAUUUAAUAAAUAUUUUUUUCGAUAAUAUUUUCAAAUUAUAUAAUUUUUGUUUACAUUACUAUUUUCCUCUUUUUUCAGAAUAUUUAAAUUAUUUAAUAGAUAUUAUAAUUGAUAAUGUAUCUAAAUUAUACAAUUCUUAUUUAAAUUAUUACUCCUCUUAGUAUUUCCACUGUUUAAUAAAUAAUUAUUUUUCUCUUUUUUUCUAUUUACAAUACCUAAAAAAUAUAACAUUUAACACUUUUAAAUUAUCUUAAUUAUUUUUCUAUUUUUUAAGAAUAUUUAUAGUAGCUUGUAAACAUAAUUUUUAAUGAUAUCUUUAAAUUAUAUAAUUCCACUUUAAACUAUUAUUCCCUCCUUUUUUCAGAAUAUUUACAUUACCUAACAAACUCUACUUAUAAAUAAUAAAACAUUUAAAUUAUAUAAUUAUUAUAAAUCAUUUUGAUUGUAGUUAAAUUGUUUUGAAUAUAUUUGCAUAUUAUUUCUUAUA